UCUUAGUGGUGACUAAGAGAACACUACACGCUGAUGUUGGCUUAGGCGUUGGGUACUGGUCUGACUCAACCUCUUCAUCCACACGAAGCAAAACGAAGUCUUGGCGUCUAAGUGACCUUGGACGUCAUGAGCAGCAGCUCACUUAGUAUGGUUAGCCUUUAUCGCCAAAUUCUGAAAGCUGCAAAAUACUUUCCAAGCAGGAAGCGCAGCUCCAUCAUAAGGGAAAUUAAGGCGGAGUUCCAUGCGAACAAGACCCUGACGGACCCUGAACGCAUCGCCAAGGCACGUGCGGUGGCAGAACGAGGGCUUUCUGACCUGCAGGCCUACCUGCCCGAGAACCGCGGGGGAGAGCAUGGCGACAUUUCGAUCACGCUGAAGGGAGCGGCGACGGAGUACUAAAUGAAUAUGUGCUUCGUGCCGGCAGGAAACAUGGAAGUAGAGAGGGGACUACGUCGUGGCGAAUGUAUGCAGUAGAUAAAAGCUACGUGGCUGAGUAAGGCGUGGGUUGUGGUUUGGGUGGCAGGUGCCUUGUAGGUCCGAAUGCCGUGACAUGCGUGACGAUUGAGGCAUGUGGAAUUGCGGGUUUACGGUAAUAGACGGGAUGUGUAUGAAGAAUGCGCAUGAAGAGCCAUACAGUUGUGUUAUCGAUUUGCGAGUUGCCAUGAUGUGUCUUGUGUGAACCCAGCUAGGGUAGCUCAUGCGUCUGCAGGUGGUGUGCCCGACCCGGGAUAGUACCAUUAUACUGGCAUUGCUUAGUCGCGCGUAGCUUCGGGUCCGUCAAGUUCGACGAGUGUUGCUGCUGAAGGUUGUCGGGCAUGCUUGAUAUCCAAUAUCAUAUAUUGGAUCUAUGUAUUAUCUUCUGGUCCAAAUUGCACGAAACUGACAAAUCGGCACUGCUCCUACGAAGUGAGGCCUUGGAACUUCGGAGCAGACGUGGCAUUGCGGUUAGUUCUUGCCUUCUUGGUAUAAAGCUAGCAUGAAAACGACUGUUCUGUAUAUCCUCGAAACACCUACGUUUCUUUGUAUAACACACAACAGACGUGUGGGGGUUACAAAGCAGCGACCUGACAAGGGUUCUUCUUACUCCCUUACCUGCUAGCAAGGAAGCAUCUCGCUAGGGUCUCUGCAUCUUGCGAUUACAUGAUGCACCAAAAAACUUUGCAGUCGCGGACUUGCAGAGCUCAGGCACCGCGGGUCUUGCAUCCGGGGCGAGCUGUCCGUCGCGUUUGCGUGACUCGGCAUGCGACAGCUAACAAUGGCCUGGGAUCUUCGGGCCCGGGCCUUGACGAGCCCAUCGAGCUCAUUAAUGGCCGCGUAACGAGUGGACCGGACCUAUCCGUCGAGGUCAACGGCCUGAAGCUGCCCAACCCCUUCAUCAUCGGCAGCGGCCCGCCCGGCACCAACUACCAGGUCAUGAAGAAGGCAUUCGAUGAGGGCUGGGGUGGCGUCAUCUGCAAGACCCUCUCCCUCGACUCCUCCAAGGUCGUCAACGUGACGCCGCGCUACGCCAAGCUGCGCGACUACUCGGGCCGCGUGUUCGGCUGGCAGAACUUCGAGCUCAUCUCCGACCGGCCCUUCGAGUUGAUGCUGGGCGAGAUGCGGCGGCUGCGCCAGGAGUACCCGGAGCGGGUGAUCAUCGCCUCCGUCAUGGAGGAGUACAACAAAAACGCGUGGGAGGAGAUCAUCGGGCGCUGCGAGGAGGUGGGGGUGGACGCAUUCGAGAUCAACUUCAGCUGCCCGCACGGCCUGCCGGAGCGCAGGAUGGGCAUGGCCAUGGGUCAGGACCCGGAGGUGCUGGGCGAGGUGUGCGGCUGGAUCAACGGCGCCGCGCGGGUGCCCGUGUGGGCCAAGAUGACGCCCAACGUCACCGACAUCGCGGCGCAGGCGGCGGUGGCGCUGCGGGCGGGGUGCGAGGGCGUGGCGGCCAUCAACACCAUCCAGUGCAUCACGGGUGUGAACCUGGACACGCUGCGCCCCGAGCCCAGCGUGGAGGGCUACUCCACCCCCGGCGGCUACUCCUGGAAGGCCGUCAAGCCCAUCGCGCUGGCCAAGGUGGCGGCCAUUGCCAAGGGCAUGGAGCGCGAGUUCGGGGGACAGGGGCGCUCGCUGAGCGGCAUCGGCGGCGUGGAGACGGGCGGCGAUGCGGCGGAGUUCAUUCUGCUAGGGGCGGAUACCGUGCAGGUGUGCACGGGUGUCAUGAUCCACGGCUACCCUGUCGUCAAGAGCCUGUGCGGCGGGCUGCAGCGCUUCAUGACCAAGCACGGCUUCAACAGCAUCUCGCAGUUCCGGGGUGCCAGUCUGCCGUACGUCACCGUACACAGUGAGCUGGUACGGCGGCAGCGGGAGGCGAUUGCGGCCAAGAAGGCACGAGUGGGGCUGGCGAACGAUGCGGAGUGGAGCGGGGAGGACUUUGUGAAGAAUGCGGAGUCGAUGGUGGCGAAUAAAUAGAUGGAAGAAGGAAAAGCGGUAGGGGCAGGGAUUGAGGAGGGGCGGGAAGCUGAUGAGAUGUUGAGAGUUGGUAAAGGGGUGUAGAUAGGAGGCAGGAGGGUGAUGAGUGGACGGAGGAGGAAUUGUGGGCGUGUGGAUAGGGGGGUAGGUAGGUAGGUAGCUGCGAGUUUUUGACGGACGGAGGAUCGCUCCUCGCUCGCCGUUUGCAGCACAUACACACCUCGUGAGCAACCUGUGAUGAUGUUUUGCUGUUAGCGUUGCUGUUAGUUAGGCAUGUUAGACAUGUACCCUGUACCAUGUCCGCGUCUGCCUCUCAGGCAAGAGAGGAUGCGCUUUCUGUUGCAGCAACAAUUGUUUACAGCAGUUGUACGGCAUUGUGGCGAAAGAAGCGUGUACGGGAGAAGGACAGCAUGCUCCGAACUUUGAGAGGUCGGGGAGGCGCGACCCGAAUAAUACGGUUGGCGUCGCUGCCUCGUGUAAUUCUCCACAUUGUAUGUGAUGGUGGUAGGAACCUCGACCACACGCCCGACGUGGCGACUUGUUGGCGUGUGUUGCUUGUAUCAUAAAUGCCUGUGUCAAUUCUGUGCGUGUUUUAUUAAUUGAGUCUGCCUGUGUUGCUGCUAUUUCGCAUGAAGAAGGACCAUUCCUUGGGUGGUGGUCUUCUGCAAGGCCCCGCAUGUGCCGUAUUGUACCUUUGCGCCUGGUCCUCUGUGCAUUCAUGAGGCAACGGACAAGUGCGAAGCAUGUAACGAGGGAACAUGAAA